CUCGCCCAUGGCUUUCCAACCCGUAGAAACGAACUUGCAGUGAGAGGAGAGUGGUAGCGAGGAGGAGGAGGAGGCGGUGGGGAUGUCGAAGAGCUUGGUGCAGCCCAUUGGGCAGAAGCGGCUGACUGCCAUCGCGAUCGUCCGCCUCAAGAAGCACGGCGUCCGGUUCGAGAUCGCCUGCUACAACAACAAGGUCCUUUCCGGGCGAUCGAGGGUAGAGAAGGAUUUGGAUGAAUUGCUGCAGUCGCACACUGUUUAUUCGAACGUGUCGAAAGGUUGGUUGCGGAUUUUGGCGCUAAUGACCGAUCCAAAAUAUGCCUGGAGGCAUAGAAAUUCUAGCUUUUAUGAAUUGUGGCAGUUCUCACAGAGCUGUUAGGUUUCAGACAAAGGAGAGCUUCAAGUUGCUGGGAAGGAAAGAGAGUCUCAGCUAUCAAGUUGGUUCUGGGAUAUUGCAAGUUUGCAACUAUUGUAAUGCAGAAAACUAUCGAUCCAGAAACUUAACGUCCUUAUACAAUCACCAUGGUAGAAUUACUCAUGCAUGACAUACAUAUUAUUGCAGAUUCUAAUAAAAGCUUGAAAAAACAGGUAUGUACUUGUCAUUAGAGAACUUGUUUUAUAAUGGUUCUAGUUUUUCUAGUCUGUUUUUUGGCAAAUAUGAUGGGAGUUUCUGCUGUCUAAGUGUGUUUUACUGCUUUCUGUUCUGUGAUGUUUAACAGCUGAGGAUAAGUCUUAUGCUUGCGUAAGAUCUUUCUCCAUAGCAAUUACGUUUUGAUCUAAUAAUGUUGUACCAUAGUGGAAAAGAUCCUUUCAGUGGUCCAUUGCAGCAGAGCUGAUAUCAUUUCUUAGCCAAACAACUAGAUUAAUUCUUUAAGAGCAUCGAAUCUCUUGUCUAGGUACUUAGUAGGUAUAAUAAAGAAAAACUUCGCGAGCUUUGAAAACAUUUGAAAACUGUUAAAAAAUGAGGAAAAUUAUGACAUUUUCUAGGAAAUAAAAUUUUAGGAUGUGUCAUAUCACCUGGAUGUCAGAUAUGACAGAAUUAAAAUGAAUAAUUUUAUUUCUUGUAUAAGGAGCAUGCCAAUAAUAGUUGGUGUGAUAGCUGAUAGUUUAAUGAAAACACACACACACACACACACAUAGACAUGUGUAUAUGUAUAUGCACAUAUACAUACACACACACACAUAUAUAUGUAUAUGUAUAUGUAUACAUAUACAUAUAUAUAUGUAUAUGUAUAUGUUGGUGAACAGAACUUUUACCCUCUUUUCCAUUGCAGGCAUUAGAAAUUAUAGGGGAGCUUCAAAAGCAUUUCCCCACGAAGAGAUCCCCUAUGCAAUUGCAGCUUAUUGUACUUGAGAAAAAUAUUCCUAUUCUUAUCAAGAAACUCAAUUGUUGUAAUGCUAAUAUUACUUCAAAGGAUGGUAGUCACCCACCCAUUGUAAGUCUAAGUGUUGGAGAAAUGCAAACCCAUGAUUAGGUUUGUAUUUUUCUUUACAACUAAAUUUAUUUACACCAAAUUUUCUUUGUAAAAUGGAAAGCAUAGCUCUCAUUACUAUGGGGUAUAGGAAGGGGCAACGUAUGAAGUUUUACCCUUUCAAGUUGAGAAA